AUGGUCAAAAUCAACGACAUAACAUCAUUUUUAGCGUCAUUCAUUCCACCUGUACCAAAAGAUACAAAAUCCUUAUAUUCACGUUUUCUACUAAAAACUUCGAAAUAUGAAAUAAAUUCCGUAUUAGAUAUUACCAAAAAUGUGUUGAAGGCAUUUGAUACUUUAAAAUGCGACCAUGAAUUAUGUGAAAAGUGUAUCGGGUUUAUUGAACACGUCAUUAAAAUAUUAGAAGAGAUUGAAAAUUUACCUAUCGAGAAAAGAGAUAAAUUGAUCGAAACUAAAGAAUAUGAUGAUUUUAUAAACUUGAUUUACGAAAUUGAAGAUUAUCUCAAAAUGUAUGAUCAAACAGAAGCAAAUCAAUCUUUGGUGAAAAAAUCAAUUCAAAAGUUCGUUCUCGAUUUAGAAAUUGUUAUUAAUGCUCUCCAGCGAGCAUAUGAACCUCUAAAGAUCAAGAAAGUUAGUAGGUGGAAUCCUUCAGUCAUUUCAAAAAUAAGAACGAUUGGAAAGCUGAUGGUUAUGAAAAAACAAUUCGAACGAAUGAAUUCUCUUAAAAAUGAGAAACCAACUGUUGAUACUCCAGAAUUAAUUGUAUCGACGAGAGAUAAAUGUGACGAAGAGAAGCCAAGUGAACCUAUUAUUCGGACAGAUUUUAUUCCGCGAGAUCAUAUUAUUUCGAAAGGUCAAAAUAAAAAUGACGAGUUUAUGGGAACCCUUUAUGAAAAGAAAGUUGUCGAGAAAUUUGUUGAAAUCUUAUCAAAAAAUUCUGAAAAAUUCGCUGAAUUUAAAAAGGAAAUAGCUUAUUUAAGGAAUUUGUCGGAUGAAUGUAAAAAUAUUCUCUCGGUGAAAGGAUAUACUGAACGUGAAGUAUUAUCAGAUUUUGACAAGAAUUCUUCCAUUUUGCGCGCUGUUAUUAAUCGUGCAAAUCAAUGGUACAAUAAUGAAUAUGCCAUUAUGUUGGUUACCGAAUGCGCUGACUAUAACCUUUCAAAUUAUCUAAAAGGAAACAAACUAGAUUGGAGGACCAAAAUUUCAAUCGCUCGUGGAAUUGCCAAUGCUUUGAAUUUUAUUCACGGUUUAAAUUUACUUCAUUACAACAUCAAAAGUGACAGCGUGUUAUUGGAUCAGAAUCUCGAACCAAAACUUUAUGAAUUUGGUAAAGAUGCAGACAAAUGUGUAGUUUUAAAACAGGCUCGAUCAGUAAAUUAUUCAAAAUGGUCAGCUCCCGAAGUUAAACGAGGAGGAAAGUAUACAUCAGCAAGUGAAGUUUAUAGUUUUGGAGUUAUACUUUUGGAGAUUUCAACUCAAGAAUGUCUAUCGGAAGAAAAAUCAAUUGUCAAUCAUGAUGCUCCAAAAGAUUAUCUUUCGCUCAUGGAAAAAGCUUUGGAUCAAGAUCCUCAAAAUCGUCCAACCAUGCAAGAGAUGUUUGAUUCUUUGAAACAAUUAGAGUCGUCAUAUAAUGUCCCUGAUAAAGAAAUUCCCUCGUUUGGAAAGGUAAUGAAUACGUUUAUAACUUAUAUUGCAAGUAAAAAAAAUUUAUUAUUUGACAUUUAG